CUGGUGUGACCUCUGUGAGGUGAGGCGUGAGCCAAGUGGGAGCUGGUGUGUGGUGGGUGUUUGGCGGACGCUUGGCUGCCACGGUGGAGGUGGUGCGGGGCGGCGGAUUUAUGUGCCUGGAGGAGGGCGAGGCUGGGCGGCUGGAGCAGCAGUGCUGGGUGAGAGCGGCUCGAACACCAUGGGUGUGAUAGGUGUACAGCUGGUGAUUACCAUGGUAAUGGCUAGUGUCAUACAGAAGAUCAUACCUCACUAUUCUUUUGCUCGUUGGCUUCUCUGUAGUGGCAGUUUACAAUGGUACCGGCAUCCUACUGAAGAAGAUCUAAGGCUUCUUGCAGGGAAACAAAGAGGCAAGAGCAAAAAAGAUAGACUCUGCAGAAAUCAUAUUCCUACAAGAGCCAGAGUCCACCAGGGCCUCAGCAGCGACCGCUCUGCCGUCCGGGAGCGGAAGCGAGACCGACACCGUGAGGAGCGGGGCACCUGGGCUCGCCCCAUCUACACCGGCGGCGACCUCCCUUCUCGCGCUGGCCGGAGCUGUUUCUCGACCCCACAAUACCGGGCGCUGAAAGGGACAAUUCGGAAAACGGUGGAAAAUCCCAACUGUUCCCAAAGAAAAUAUAAUGGUCAUAUUGAAAACAAGCCCCUAACCAUUCCAAAAGACAUUGAUCUUCAUCUGGAAACAAAGUCUGUGACUGAAAGGGACACUAUAGCAUUGCAUUAUUUUCCUGAAUAUCAGUGGCUGGUGGAUUUCACUGCUGCAGCUACAGUUGUGUAUGUGGUGACUGAAGCCUAUUGCAGUAUCAUGAAGCCCUCACAAGAAAUGAAUAUCAGUGUAGUGUGGUGUCUGCUUGUCUUGGCCUUUGCAGUUAAGAUACUGUUUUCGUUGACCGCCCAUUAUUUCAUAGUAGAGGAUGGAGGUGAAAGAUCAGUCUGUGUUACCUUUGGCUUCUUCUUCUUUGUGAAAGCAAUGGUAAUCCUGAUUGUGACAGAAAGCUAUCUAGAGUUUGGACUCGAAUCAGGAUUCUCAAAUUUUUCAGAAAGUGCUAUGCAGUUUCUUGAAAAGCAGGGUUUGGAAUCCCGGUAAGUUUCUGGAAAUACAUUGGUCUUCAUUAUGUUGCAUUUAUAACCGAACCACUUAGAUUUUCUUAGCAAGCAUUUGUCUUGCAUGCUUUGCUCUUAUGCACACUUAUAAUCUCUGUAUUAACGUGAAGAGGUGGAUUAAUGAAAAUAAUCCAUCAAUAUUUACAAAGUAACUUAAGUUGCAUUUGUGUAUUCCCUUUUUAUUCCAAAAUUAUUCCAGUCCAUAAAAUACAGUUAAAACCUUAAAAGUCUUUCUUAUGUUAAUUCUUAAACAGUCCCUUCAGCUUUGAAAAGAUCGCUUAAAACAGGAGAUAAGUAUUUUUGCAGUUCCUGUGGUAUGCAGGAGGAUGAGAGUGCAAAAGCUACAGAUGGAG